AUUCCGGCAAGCGUCCUUCCUUAUAUUUUGCAUCUGUCUGUAUGUUAGCCAUAAAAUAAUUAAUAGGUGUAAAUAUUUUUUCUGAUUUUCAAGUGAAUAAUUAUGGCUAAAAAUCGUUCUGCCUCUGAAACAUCAGAGAAAGAAAAGAAAAAAGAUAAAGAACGAUCUCGUGAUAAGAAAAAAACUUCGGGAUCAAGCAGUAGUGACAGCAGUUCAUCAGACAGUAGCUCUGAUCAUUCUUCAAGUGCAUCUAGAUCAUCGAGUAGUUCCAGUAGCGGUUCUUCUUCACGAUCCAGUUCAUCAUCGAGCUCAUCCUCUAGUUCCAGUAGCGGAGCAGAUCGUGUUCGACCCAAACACAAAGCACGUAGUCGUAGUAAGAGUCAAAUUAAGGAUAAAGAUAAGGAUAAACGUGAAAAGGAGAAAGACGAGAGAAAAGAAAAUGAAAAAGAUAAAGAAAAUGAUAAACGUAAACCAACCAGCACCCCAUCAAACGAUAAACCAAAACCACGACCACGAUCAAGAUCUCCAUCAUCCAGACGUAAACGCCGUGAAAGGUCACCAACACCACGGCCAACAAAAAUUCACAUUGGACGUUUAACACGAACAGUAAAUCGUGAACACAUUGUAGAAAUAUUCUCAACAUAUGGACAAAUAAAAAGUGUUGAAUAUUCAGUAGAUCGUACGCAUACCCAUCUUGGACGAGGCUUUGCUUAUGUGGAAUUCACUACACCUGAUGAAGCUGAAAAUGCUAUGAAACAUAUGGAUGGUGGUCAAAUUGACGGACAAGAAAUAACUGCUGCACCGGUUUUAAUGCAGAAACCACGAGCAAUGCCAUUACGACGUAGUCCAUUGCCCCCUCCAAUUCGUAGAGGUCCACCCAUGCAUCGACGAUCACCGAUGCCACCAAGAUUCCGUAGACGUUCUCCAAUUCGGCGACGAUCACCGCCACCACCACCUAGACGUAGACCCAGAUCGCAUUCACGUAGUCCUGUUCGUAGUCGACGUCGACAUAGUAGAUCUAGUUCUAGUAGUUCACGAUAGUUAUUAUUUUAUAUGCUACAUUUAUUUCAUGAAAUUAAUUAUCUAAUAUAAACCAUAAAAUAAUUCACAAAAUAAGUUUUAUUGAAUUGCACUGUGCGUUUGAUAAUCUAAGGGAAAUUAAGCAAAGUUUCGGAGUAUACUUAAAAAUUAAUAUUUGAUUAAAGUUUUAAAGCUCCUUUAUAAGAAUCAAAAGAUUUAAAGAGCAUCUACUCCUGCUGCGUGUUACGCUACGCGAUACUUAAAGUAUCGAUUUUAAACGAUAAUUAAUUAAUUUAUAGAAAUUGGAUCUCAGCUGAUUUUUCUUUAACUAGAGUGUGUUGGUAUAUUACAGUUUUAUGGCUUUGAACGCCUAAGUCAACAUAAUUAUAACUUUUUAUCUCACGAUGGAGAAAAAGAUUGAUGUUUAAGCUCAUGUGAGUUAUUUAGUGGCACUUAUAUAUAAUUUUUGGCUAGCUGUUUAACCAGAGAAACUUUGAUUUUUUUAAGGUUUUAAAAUAUUGACCUGAAGAGAAAAAUUUUCUAUUUUUAAAACUAUACUCUGUAUAAUGGGAUAAGCAAAAGGCAGCAUUUUCAUCUACGAUUUUUAUGAAUACAAUCUUUCGCGUGGAUUCUGAUACAAAACUUAGUACACUAAUAAAAUUGACACAAGAUCUUAAAGGAAUAACAUGCUCUUCAAGAGAUUUGUGUUGGGACAACUUUUUUUUUUAAUAACGAGAAUCAUUACCGAUAAGAUUUGUAAAAGGUGUCUUUUCUUCCUCAAAUUCAAAAAUAAGUAGCACAACAAGCUCAAGGCAGGAGUAAGUGCAAAAUUACUAUUUCUCUUUGGUUAUUAAGUUACACACUUGGUGCUUAGAUGUUUUGGAUAUACCAUAGCCAUUGUAUUUAAUCAAAGUAUUUAAUGUGAUCAAAAACGAAAAAUUUUUAACUUCAAAAUAUAAUAUUGAUACCAAGAAAAUGAUUUCUAAAAUGACAAGUCCAAACAAAAGAAAAAACUAAUAUUAUUUUGUUUCUAUAAAAUUUUGAAAUCACCGUAUUUGGUCAAAGUCGAAAAAUCUAUUAAUACGGCUUUAUGGUAUGGGAGCUGGUGACAGAAAUUUUCGCACAAUUUAAGCAUGGUUAAGUCUUUCCGCAGGAUCCGAAAAAAAUUUUUAAUAUACAAUUUUACCAAAGACGAAACUUAUUUUUAACGAUUAAUUAAAGUCAAAGAAAUGAGAAAAUGUAAACCUUGUUUGCAACUGUAAUGGAAUAACUUAUUACUGACAAAAACUCAACCUUGAUCUAUUUGUAAAUUUUAAAAUUAUUUUUGAAAUAUCUAUCACCUGGGAAAACUUCUCAGCUCUUAGAAGACGGUGUUUGCAACUGUAAUUAAAUGGAAGACAAUGAUUUUCCUUUUACUUAUUACACCAACUAUCUACUUACAAAAGCUCAAUCUUUGUUCAAUUUGUACAUUUUAAAAAUAUUUUUGCAAUGUCUUAACACCUGGGACGACGCAUAUUACAACAUAUUUCGAAUAGAAGACUUACAUUUUCUCAUUUCUUUGACUUAAAUUAAUCGAUAAAAAUAAGUUUCCUCUUUGGUCAAAUUGAACAAUUAAAAAAUUUUUUUGCGACGUUUCGAGCCCUCCAUUCGGAUCCUGCAACGCAUACGAGUUGGAAGACCAAUAGCUUACUCACUCAUUGGGUCAGUAUCGAUAAAAUGUGUUCUCAAUCUUGCUCAAAUAAUGACUUAAAAACUGUCACUAGCUUCCCUAUCAUUACUAUAUCCAAUACAUCUAGAAGAAGGAAUAUUAAUUUUAAUUUAUCAUCCCAACUUUCCUGAUCCUUUCGAUAAUUUAAAUUUUAUUAAUCUCGUAAUGAUGGAUGUUCAAUUAAGACAACUGUUUAAAAAUAAAUGGUGCCAAAAAACACCAUUUCGAAAAUACUGACUUGAACAUUU